UAUGCUGCCAUGACAAAUGCAUUGAUUAAAAAUAAAAUUACGCGGACUAGUUAAGUGACUGGCUCGAUGGUAUCUCAAAGUUGUGCUAUCAUAAAAGUAAUCAACCGAUAAUCUUUGUCCAGGCUGGGGCCUACAGUGUGUAAACUGGCGCUUCCCAUUCGUGCACGUCGAUAACCCGGUUGCCACCGCGCGCCAAACAAGUCAACAGAAAACGAAAUGGCGCCACAGAAUUACCACACGGUACGGCUGUGGACGCCACAGCAAGCCAUAAAAAAAAUCCCAUUGCCGCAAAAGAAAAAGCUAGGCCAGAUUAUCGCAACUGUCGCAGUAAUUACUCCACAAUUCCGAGAGCUCAAUUAGCUCUGUGCUGCUCGGAUGACAGCUCUUCUUCCUUAUUCAUCAUGCUUCCCUCGGAUGGGAUCGGCCUCUUCGCCGCCUCCUUAUCCUAUCGGUUUCUUCUACGGAGUCUCCGAUUGGUCAAAAUUCGGCGGUUACGUCUCCGGUGGAGUCGCGUUGGAGAAGAAGAAGGCGCCGACCGGAAGUCAGAGCGUCGCUAGGGUUCCUCCUGUUUGUAGAGCGGCGGCUCCUUCCUCCUCCAACGUGUUUCGCGACCUCGACGCCGACGAUUUCAGGCAUCCUCUCGAUAAACAGAACACGUUGUUGUUGAGAGCGAUUCCAGGAUUGAAUGAAAUCGGCAAGUCCUUGUUAGGAAGCUUAUCCGAGCAAAUUAUGCUUCUCGAGAACAUUGGAACUUCAGUUCUCGUCUCAGAAAACCAGCUUCCAGAACUUCAUCUGCUGAUGACGGAGGCUGCAUCGAUACUAAAUAUCAAGUCUCCUCCUGAUCUUUAUGUCCGGCAGAGCCCCGUACCAAACGCCUAUACUCUAGCUAUAAGUGGGAAAAGGCCAUUUGUUGUUGUGCACACUAGCCUAGUGGAGCUCCUAACAAGAAAAGAGUUGCAGGCUGUUUUGGCUCAUGAGUUGGGACAUCUGAAGUGCGACCAUGGCGUGUGGCUCACAUUCGCAAAUAUCCUCAUGCUUGGAGCUUAUACUGUACCUGGAAUUGGUGGCAUGAUAGCUCAAAGCUUAGAAGAACAGUUGUUCCGUUGGAUUCGUUCAGCUGAGCUGACAUGUGAUCGUGCAGCGCUUCUUGUUGCUCAAGACCCCAAGGUUGUCAUCUCACUACUGAUGAAACUAUGCGGGGGAAGCCCAUCGCUCGCUGAUCAACUCAAUGUUGAUGCCUUUUUGGAACAAGCUCGAUCUUAUGACCGAGCAUCAUCCAGCCCAAUGGGAUGGUACAUAAGAAAUGCUCAGACGAGGCAACUUUCACACCCACUGCCUGUUUUACGUGCUCGGGAGAUUGAUGAAUGGUCGAGAAGCCAAGAGUAUAAAAAGCUUCUAAAUCGUGCUAAUGGGGUGAACAUUGUAAAGAAAAUAUAGCUUAGACAUGAAGAGCGCUGGAUUCCAAAUUAACUUGUACAGGUACGCUUCCUACGAAAUUUCAUCCGAGGUGCAUCUUACAUUUACCCGUUCAACUAUGGUCUUGAAUUUACCUGUUUUAGUUGAUUGUUUGUAGGUAUCCGCUCACUAUACUGUAGCAGUUGCAUGAGAGGGGCGAAGGAUUAAGAUGAGAGUGAGAGUACUGUUACUGUAGGACAGUAUAUACAAUUGUAUAGCAUAAAGAAUAAUAUAGUUUCUGUUGAUUUAUUAUAUAGCUUCUGGAGUUCUGGUCAUUAUAUGAGUGUAUAUCCAAAACAAUUCAUAGAUAUUUAUAAUAAAAAACAAUUCGUAGA